AUGGGGACAUGUAUCCAGGAAAGCAGUGACUCUGAAAAGGAUUUACAGGCCAGAGUGGAGAAGCCACUCAAGAUGAGCUCCCAGUGUGAUGCUGUGGUGAACAGGGCUAAAGCCAUCAUCAGACAUAGGGGCAGAGCUCCUAGACACGCCCAGGAAUUCCUGCGCGAGGGGGGCGGGCUAAGGGAGGGACCUUCUCGUGCCCGCCGCGGAGACCUGGGGGCCGAGCCCGGCCCGAGCUGCGCGUGCGGGAGCGAGCCCCCUCUGCAGGCUGCGGCCCCGGCGCGCAGGGCGAGCCCGGCCGACCCCUCCUGCUCGCUGCCGGGGGUGCCGGGUUCUGACCCCUUCCCGCAGAGCGGGCAGCGGCCGGCGCUGGAGGCGGGGCUGCGGGGGGGGCGGGUCCUUUCGGCCGGUUCCUCUGGCCUGUGCCUCGGGGGCUGGGACCGGCCUGCUCGGGACAGCGGGUUCGGCGCCGGGCUGGGGCCGCUGCACACACUGGCGAUGGGAGGCUGCGCUGAGUCCAUGUCAGUGACGUUUGAGGAUGUGGCCAUGUAUUUCUCCCCAGCGGAGUGGACGCUGCUGGGCGAGGAGCAAAGGCACCUUUACAGACACGUUAUGUGGGAAAAUUACCAGACUCUGGUCUCGUUAGGAAUCCAAACCCCCAAGCCAGUGGUGAUCUCCAACAUAGAGCGAGGGGAAGAGCUGUGUGUCCAGGGUCCCACAGAAGAUGAAGAUGAGGACAUCCUGAGUGGCACCCGCCCAGACCUUGGUGCAGGUUUUCCAGAUGCAGAAGAGACCUGGGACUGGUCAGCAAUUGAAAGCUCCUUGGGCUUCUUCCUCACACAAAGCUCUUCCCCUGGAGCAGCAGGGGCGAGGAACCUGAGCAGGGCUGAGGGGCAGAUUCCUGAGGAAGGGCCUGGCACCCUGGAGUCAGUCAGGCCUUUCCCAGGGACAUCAGGGAAGAAGCAUUCCAAGAAAUCUGAGCGGGGAAGACACCACAAGAGGCAGGGCAGGCCAGAAAGGCAGAGGAAAAAUCUGAUCAGAAAUGAGCCAGCAACCUCAAUAGGCAAUCAGAGGAGAUCCAGACCAUACCUAAAGUCUCCUGCAGAGGGGAAAGCUGAGCCCAGAAAGAGCCUAUUUACCUGUCGUGUGUGCAGAGAAGAAUUCAAGGUGCAAAGAGACCUGAUAAGCCACCAUCGGAUGGUUCAUAGGAGACAGGAACUGUAUCACUGUAGUGAGUGUGGGGAGAGCUUUAGGAGAAAAAAGGAGUUCAGAGCACAUGGGAAAGCUCACAGAAAGAAGAGAGACCAUUCCUGUUCUGAAUGUGGGAAGAUAUUCCACCAAUUAUCGCAUCUCAUUGCCCACCAGCGAAUACAUACAGGAGAGAGACCCUAUUGCUGUGCUGAGUGUGGAAAAAGAUUCUUCUAUAUAUCAGCUCUUAACAUCCACAAGAGAGUCCACUCAGGAGAGAGGCCCUAUGCCUGCGAUGAGUGUGGAAAGCGAUUUAUGGAUUCAUCAACAUUUCGUAAUCAUCAGGCAAUCCACUCAGAAAAGAGACCCCAUCGCUGUAACCAAUGUGGGAAAGGCUUCAAAGUUACAUCAAGUCUUACUAGACACCUAAAAAUCCACAGCGAAGAGAGACCCUUCUUGUGCCAUGAGUGUGGGAAAAAAUUUUGUCUACGAGAACAUCUGAUCAGACAUCAGAGAAUCCACACUGGGGAGCAGCCCCAUUGCUGUGCUGAGUGUGGGAAAAAAUUCAGUCUCCUUCAAAGUCUCAGGAGACACCAGGAAACCCAUAGUAUGCGGAGACUCCAUCGCUGUGCUGAGUGUGGGAAAAUAUUCCGUCAUCCAGAAAAUCUCUCUAGACACCAGAGAGUCCACACUGGGAAACUCCAUCGCUGCACUGACUGUGGAAAAGGCUUUGUCUAUAUACAUCAUCUCAAGAGCCACCAGAGAAUCCACACUGGAGAGAAACCCUAUUCCUGUACUGAGUGCGGGAAAAGUUUCACCCAAUUGUCUGGCCUCACCAACCACCUGAGAAUCCAUUCAGGAGAGCGACCCUAUCCCUGCACGCAGUGUGGGAAGCGCUUUGCUCACUCAUCAUCUCUCACUGAACAUCUGAAAAUCCAUUCAGGAGAGCGACCAUAUUCCUGCAUUCAGUGUGGGAAGCACUUUGCUCGCUCAUCAUCUCUUACUCAGCAUCAGAGAACCCACCCAGGAGAGCGACCAUAUUCCUGCACUCAGUGUGGGAAGCGCUUUGCUCGCUCAUCGUACCUUACUAAACACCAGAGCACCCACUCAGGAUAGAGACUCCAGACCCUUGUAUUCUAUGGAGGAAACCUCUUCAAUCUCUCACUUCACCCUGUUCUCAAAGUAUGUAAAAGAGGGAGAACUUGCUCCCACUCUGAAAUGUUCCCUCCGUUUCACUAUGUAUACACGAGUUUAGGUGCUGGGUUUGUUAAAAUAAUUUGUAUGGUCCUGGAGAAGGGAGCAUUUAACCCUAGAGGUACUGAAACAUUCCAUUGUGGGCAUUAUGGGCUGCAGGUAAGAGAGAGAUGACUGGAGCCAAGACUGCACAUUGGAGGUCCUGGUUUCUCCCAAGCCGUUUGUUCACUGCGGCUCCCAUCCUCUCCGGCUCCACAAAUUGAAUUAAUUGUUUUAUUUCUUCUGGCAUUUUUCUGUUUGGAAAAAGAAUAAUGGGUAAAGAUUAUGCAGAGACUGAAAAGGAGCUUUCGUCUCCUGAGUUAAUGAACGGUUGUGACAUUCCCUGUGUGCCUCUCAUAGUACUGAAUCAAAAGGAAGGUUGUUUUGAUUUGGCUUUGAGAGAAAAUUAUGAAGCAAGCUGUCCUGAUAGUUGGCUUCAUGCAGAAUGCAGCCAGGGCCCUGUCUUCACACCUAAUUGCCUGGCAAGCAAUACCAGCUAGGACCGGAAGGUUGGAGAUUGGAGUUUCUGGAUCAACAAACAGCAUGCUGUUUGGUUAUGGCCUGCCUUCUUUAUCAUCUUGAUGGUACAUACAAAUGCUUGACAUCUAUGGAUGCUGCCGUCAUGAUUAGCGUGACUACAUCACUUACCUAUUAUCUAAUUCAUUGUGCCAUCAGAAGUCAUACACCAGAAAAAAGGCAAGGGCAGGGAUGAGAGAUGUCGGUUACUUCCUAUUAUAAUGGCUUUUUUUUUAAUAACUCAAAUUUGUGUUCCUGGAUGAGUUAGUGGCACUUUAAUGCCACCUAGGGCUUGUCUACACUAGAACUUAUCACUUACCAGAACACUCAUCCACAUCCCUGUGCAAUGUAAAAUAUACCAUCCUAAGCACUGGUGUAAAUUGAGCUAUGUUGAUGGAAGAGCUUCCCUGCCAACAUAGGUACCGCCUGUCAUAAAGGUGGAGAUGUUAUGCUGACAGGCAAGCUCCCUCCCAUUGGGUUAGAGCGUCUUGAAUGAUAGCUUGGUGUCUUGAACACUAGCGGGUACUGUAGCACUUAGGGCUUGUCUACAUUACCCCCUGUAUCAGCGGGCAGCAAUCGAUCCAGCGGGAGUCAACACUGGUACUCCAGCAGAACGAGGAACGCAAGCGCAGUUGAUGGUAGAGCUACGUCGACUUCAGCUACACUAUUCACAUAGUUGAAGUUGCGGUAUCUUAGAUCAACCCCACGUGGUAGUGUAGACAAGCUCUGACAUGUACCUGGAUCUCAGCCUUGACACCAAGUGGCAAGGAGUGCAGGAAAAUCUCUCUGGGCAACUUUGCUCUGCUUUGCAGGCUGGGACUUGGGUUUGCUGCUUGUUGUAGGUGUUUUCUGUAAAUAACUUGUGGAGCUGCAGUCCCAGCCCAGAGUGUGACAUGGGUAUGAAACAUCCAGAGGUCACGGGGCGGGGCAGAGGUGGGAUCCUGCAUGGGAACAGGCAGCCCAGAGACCAUUGUUUCAGGAGAGAGAAUCCUAAAUGGAGAGGGAGAGAAACUAAUCUCAGCAACAUCUUAAAUUCAACUGAGCAGCAGUAUCGGGCCAUUGUCUCCCCAUUCCUCAAGCUGGGGUAAUUUUUGGCCAUUCUUCUCUGUUGGAGGGCAAUGAUGAGAUGGGACUUUGUUACUGUUGUCUCAUCGUUCCUGGAGGGAAUAAACUAAUACAAGAGAAAUAUGAGUCUGAAAUGGCUGCACUGCCAUGUGUGUAAGUGAAGCCCUGCAAUCUUCCCUGCAGUGUUGACUUUGUUAUGUUCCACUCACUCUUCAGAAAUGACGUUGGGGAGAAGCAGCCAUCCUGCCUUUCUUUCUGGAGCUGGUUAUGCCAGCUGCAGUUCAGCUCUGUUGUAAUCUGCUUUUAACCAUUAUUUCUACUCAAGAAAUGGGGGUGUUAGAUUCUAAACUAGUUAAAAUCAUCCAGAAAACUCUGUGCUAAUGCUAAGCUUUGUUGUACAAAUUUACUAGUAGUUCAGUUGUUCUAACCUUUAUUCAUUGUAUAUGCAACAUCUGUCAGACACCAGAUGUAUGCUCUGUUAAGGUUUGCCAAAUAUGAACUGUGUGCUAGGUACAGUUGGUGCAAAUAUUUCUAUGGUUUUAUGCUACUUGUGUGUUAUGGUCUACUACUAGCUAAACUGCUGUGUGCAUAAUUAGAUAAGAAAAGGUGUGUAAGGUCUGCAGAUUCUGGACUUUUCUGUCUUCUAAAUGAGAAUACAAAUAUGAGCAAAGCUGAACUCAUCGUUUGUAACAGAGUGAAGAGGUAUCUGCUGCAUAACAUUUCUCCAAAGUAGGUACAUACUUACCUUUCUGUAUUACUGUGACAGUCUGUACCUCUGUGUUCACCCCUUACCGGGAUAAUGAUCAAUUUUGUACAAAGUAUGCCUUUUGAAGUAUUAUUUGAAAACUCAUAAUGUGCUGAACAUUAUUAUCUUGUGAAAAUAUGGGAGGCAACAUUCUGUGUAAAGUUAUAUGAUUCUACUGUAUGAUGUUACUUAGAUAUGUCGCAGUUCUAGAGAAAACCCACAGACCAGUU